AAAAAAUAGACGAAACCGGUGUGGAGCACCGAUUUGGUAAGCUGAAGGCACACAUAUACCCCUUCAGUAUCUCAAUCCCCCACCGACAUUAUUCCAUUUCCACUUGCUGUUCCCACCGAUUUUUUUCUCUUUCUAUUUGUUCCGAUCCCGGUUCAAACCUGUGAUGUUGACACAGGUGGAGAAGAACCAGGUACCCGCUCUACUUCCGUCCUGAUUGUUGGGUGCGACUACUCUACUCGAUUAACUUCUUUCCCUUCCAAUUAUUGCUCUAUUUUUUCAAGCCAUCGAUCGAUUGAAUCGUUGAAUCGAAGUUCUUCCUCAUUUGUUUGUGUCUUUAACUAUAUGUGUGUAAUCUCCAUCGGAAGUACAAGCAUUACCCACCUACGUGUUCAAUUCCAAUUAGCUUCAGCUGUAACGAUUAAGGAUUGGAGUUUGUUCAUGGAGGGAUACCAGGUAUUGGAACAAUUUGGAAUGGUUUAUAAAAAAUCGAUCUAAGAUAUGAUACCAAAACAAGAUGUAACAAUGAUGGCUUAUGGACUUCAGACAUUAACGAUUAGGCGGCGGAGAGCAGUCCGCCGCUGCCGUUCAUCCUUUUUCAUCGGACAGUUCCACCUCCCUCUGUAUGUCAUCUAUGUGUUCCAUUGGUCAUCGACAUCUCUUAAGAAGACGUUGGUUGAAGAGAGCAGAAGUUAUGAUAUUUAAACUUGAUCAUGUUCAAAUAUCAUACCUAUGCAAUGUGUGAACCUGAAGUGGUUAUCAGUUAAGCAGAACAAGCUUCAAAGCUUAAAAGAGGCACAUAAUUAUUUUCUGGAAUAUAUAUCCAAGGCUUAUCAAGCUCUAACAGAUCCAAUAUCACGUGAGAAUUUUGAAAAAUAUGGUCAUCAUGAUCGCAGACAGGGGCUACAAAUGGGAAUUGCUCUCCCUAAGUUUCUAUUGAAUAUUGAUGGGACAUCAGGGGCAGUGAAUUUACUUGGAAUUGUUGGGAUUUGCAUUAUUAUGCCUUUGGUGAUGGCUGUUAUGUACUUAUCAAGAUCAUCCAAAUAUAAUGGAAAGUUAGAGAAAAAUGAAGCAUCUACAUCAGGAACAAGAACACCAUCAUUGAACAAAAGAUGGGUUUGGGGGAGAGGAGAGAAGAUGUUUCUUGGAACUCAUGUACAAGGAAAAAUUCCUGAGGUUUAUGGGCAACAGGUAUCAAGCAAGAGAACAGUUGCUCUGAAUGUAAUCAAGGAAGCUCAAAAUCUUAGAGGUACUUUUAGAGUAAUCUUGGAGAUUUGGCUUGGAGUUGAUAUGAUUAAAAAAUCAAUUAACAUUUUGGGAUUAUCUCUAAAUAAUGUCUCACUCGGUUAAAUAGAGCUUCAAAAGUUGGCACAAAAAUGUCAUAUUAUGAGUUUUCUUGAAAGGAGAGAACAUAGACAUUAGGAAGCCUUCUGAUUUUUACUGAUUGUUUCAUGAAAUUACAUAAUCCAUCAACACUGAUGGUCUGUUGUCAUACUUUUUCUUUGGGUACUUUAUAACAAAUUGCAAACAUUGAUCCCGGAAAAACGACAUUGAAGGCUUCCGACCCCCGCAAAGCGGGGGACCAAUUUCUAGUUUAUAAUUAUUUGUAUAGGCCUAGAACCCAUGUAUUUAGCCCAUCUCGAAACUAUCCGUGCAUAUUAAUACUCCAUGUUUUUUCUUUUUGAUUUGUCCCAAAAUAAUAGUCUAC